AUGUUUUAUUCUCAUGAGAUUCUCAACAGCUCCCAGUAUGGGGUUGCUACUAUUUGGCUGGUGGCCACAGUGGGCAAAGGAAACCAGAAGAGACUUACCAAGAAGGCGAUCCAAGAGGUCAACGUUCCAAAGGCGUGCGAGAAGAUAUUGGACCCAGGAGCUCCUCUCGCUCUCCGUCUCCAAGGAAAUCUACUCUAUGGUGUCUCGCGUGUUUUCGAGCAGCAGUGCGCCUAUGUCCUCACGGAUGCUGAAAAGACUCAAUCGGAUAUGGUGACUUUUUUUCGAAUCAUUCAAACAAGUGAAACUGAUCCGCGGGCCGGAAAGACCAAGCGUCAGAACAUUGUCUUGCAAGAUGACCCUGCUUUUGAUCCGUUCACCUCACUUCCAAAUCUGAAUCUGCUGCAAUGGGACAAGGACCUUGUACUAUUUCCAAGCCAGGGCGGAUCAAGCAAAUUUUCCCAGAUGACACCGCUCGCGGCAGCUGGUAGUCAAGGUAGCUCUUCGCCACGCCACCGCUCUGCACUGAUUAACCUUGAGCUCCCACCUUCUUCACAGUCUGCUGCAAGUUGCCGUCUUCCUUCAGAUUUCGGCAGACUCAGCCCUUUGUUUGGUAAAUCAAUUCACCAUUCCGACAGCAUGGCUGAGUUCCAGCCGUUUGGUGACGAUGAAUUUCCAUCCAUCUCGGGAAUCGGCUUCGAAUUCGACGCAGAGGGUAAUCUUGUUAGCAUUCUUGAUCAGGAUCUUGGGCCCGAGCCCGAGCUGCCUCCUCUUCCUGCUCCGGCAAAGGCUACAAGCAAUCUUGGAUUGCAGCGAGUGAUGAGAGAUGAUGACCAGAGAAGUGAGCGAGCAGAAGCAGAUACCAAUCAGGUAUCUGCUAGGAUGGUCAGAUCGAGACGAAUCGAUCCAAAUGCCAUGAUGGAUGAAAGAAUCACAGUUUCUAGCCGAGAACUCAGAGAUUGGACUGAAAAUUACAUUGCAAACGCUGAAUCUCUCCGUCAGCAACAGCGAAAGACCACCACUACUCUUGGCCAAGCGAGGAAGAAUGCAGUGACGCUCCUCUACGACUACGGUGUGGCCAGUGUCGGGGCAUAUCAUCAAGCAGAAGGCCUAUUCCACCCCUUGGCAGCUGAUUUUGCAGGAAUCUCGUUGAAAGCACGCCUCCAAGGCAAAGAGCCGGAUGAGAUUGAACAACUCGAACCUGCAAAGAGAGGCCGUCGACGAAAGUCAGACGAAGCUUUCGAAGGCGAACAUGAUGAAGACGAACGAAACACAAAGCAGCGACUCGUUGAUGAAGUUGAACUUGGACGAGGCGGAAAUCCUGAUGAAGCACACAUCAUGUUUGAUGACAACUCUGUUCCCGAGAUUGGAAUGGAGGCCGAGCCGCCAAUGGAAGAUCGUCAUUCGUCCUCAAUGAUGCCAUGGAGCCGACCUGGCUCAGCCGUUCCAGGCUCUUCCGUCCGAGGCAGUGCCCAGAAGCCCAAGACUGCCCCCAGCCCUCUCCUCGGUCGCGGAAGUGCCCUGAGCUCCAUCGACCGCCAUAGCGAUCCCGCCGAGCCCUUCUUUGGAAUGGACGACUUUGGUUCUCACGAUUCAUCUUUCCAGCUUGGUGGACCUGUGGGCCCUCUUGACUACGAUCGAGACAAUGCCACUCAGCUUUCGACUCAAGGCCUCGACGUCACCAGCCAGGAUUUCUUGGGAUACGUAGCUGAGCAGGCCGCAAAGACAGGUGUAACCCACAGUCGAGACAAGAAGCAUCGUCAGUGGAUUGAGUUCAGAGAACUAGCUGAACCAUUGACUCACCCUAGAGCCGUUGCCGCUCAGGCGUUUUUACAUGUGCUGUCUCUGGCAUCGAAGAACGUCAUCUCAGUUCAUCAGGAAGGUACGGCAGCCAUGCAGCCAUUUGGAGCCAUUCACAUUGGAAUCAAUACCUCCGUCAAUGAAAUGUUUGAGACGCAGGUGGAGUCGGAAGAUGAGCUUGCUUGA